AUGAUAGUCUUAUUGCUGCUUUGGUCCUAUGACUGUCAGCAGGAGUUCGAAUGGCUGGAGUACUUUGCAGGUACUGGGCACCUGUCGGCUGUGAUGGCAGCUGCGCAAUAUAGAUCAAUCAGGUUUGACCUUCUUGACAAUGACAAGCCCCAUCACCGUCGAUCAAAUUUCAUGAACUUAGCACACCCAUCAGGGUUUGCGUUAGCUACACUUUUCAUGCUUCGAACGGUGGAGGGCGACUUUGGCUGUCACCUGGGAUUGAAGUGCAGUUCCUUCUGCAAAAUGAAUGUUGGUACCAGUGCCCGGUCAGCAUGUGCCGCAAUUGGCUGGGAACCAUACGAAUCGGUUUCUCUUGGAAAUAUGCUUCUAGAGAGGAGCUGCCUCCUGAUCUACCUGGCCACGUGCUUGGGAGGCGUGUGGAGCCUGGAACAGCCGGCGGGAGCACUGACGGAGUAUUACCCAGCAUUCAGGGAGACCGUCCAAAACAUAUUUGAAUGUGGAGGGCCAACAGCUGUCCAAUGCGUCCGGUGGUGGAUGGGGCAUUACAAAGCUCCUACACCGAAAAGGCACUAUGCCUAUAGCAAUAGCCCUGCAAUCAAGCGUAUCGACAAGGGUGUUCUUCAGGGAUGGAAACAGAAGGGCAAGGCCAAAAACAAACCAGUUGAACAUUACGUGGACUCCAAAGGGCGUAAGAGGAUCUACCCUGUGCCUUUUGCCAGAGAAGUCUGCGACUUGAUGGAGCUGAUGAAGAAAACGCGGCUAGGCCAGCCUGAGCUACCAGCAGUUCUGCCCGAUGCACUCGAAACUUUUGGGAACUUACAGGUCGCUGAUCCAUUAGUCUGGCGCAAGGUAAAUUUACCAAGCGUGUAUAAUUAUUUGCGACGCAACAAGAAGUUGAACAUUCCUGUCGAAUGGCAGCAUGUCAUGCCAAAGAAGAUUGGCUGA